GCUACUACCAGCACCAUGCCCUACCAAUAUCCAGCACUGACCCCGGAGCAGAAGAAGGAGCUGUCUGACAUCGCUCACCGCAUCGUGGCACCUGGCAAGGGCAUCCUGGCUGCAGAUGAGUCCACUGGGAGCAUUGCCAAGCGGCUGCAGUCCAUUGGCACCGAGAACACCGAGGAGAACCGGCGCUUCUACCGCCAGCUGCUGCUGACAGCUGACGACCGCGUGAACCCCUGCAUUGGGGGUGUCAUCCUCUUCCAUGAGACACUCUACCAGAAGGCGGAUGAUGGGCGUCCCUUCCCCCAAGUUAUCAAAUCCAAGGGCGGUGUUGUGGGCAUCAAGGUAGACAAGGGCGUGGUCCCCCUGGCAGGGACAAAUGGCGAGACUACCACCCAAGGGUUGGAUGGGCUGUCUGAGCGCUGUGCCCAGUACAAGAAGGACGGAGCUGACUUCGCCAAGUGGCGUUGUGUGCUGAAGAUUGGGGAACACACCCCCUCAGCCCUCGCCAUCAUGGAAAAUGCCAAUGUUCUGGCCCGUUAUGCCAGUAUCUGCCAGCAGAAUGGCAUUGUGCCCAUCGUGGAGCCUGAGAUCCUCCCUGAUGGGGACCAUGACUUGAAGCGCUGCCAGUAUGUGACCGAGAAGGUGCUGGCUGCUGUCUACAAGGCUCUGAGUGACCACCACAUCUACCUGGAAGGCACCUUGCUGAAGCCCAACAUGGUCACCCCAGGCCAUGCUUGCACUCAGAAGUUUUCUCAUGAGGAGAUUGCCAUGGCGACCGUCACAGCGCUGCGCCGCACAGUGCCCCCCGCUGUCACUGGGAUCACCUUCCUGUCUGGAGGCCAGAGUGAGGAGGAGGCGUCCAUCAACCUCAAUGCCAUUAACAAGUGCCCCCUGCUGAAGCCCUGGGCCCUGACCUUCUCCUACGGCCGAGCCCUGCAGGCCUCUGCCCUGAAGGCCUGGGGCGGGAAGAAGGAGAACCUGAAGGCUGCGCAGGAGGAGUAUGUCAAGCGAGCCCUGGCCAACAGCCUUGCCUGUCAAGGAAAGUACACUCCGAGCGGUCAGGCUGGGGCUGCUGCCAGCGAGUCCCUCUUCGUCUCUAACCACGCCUAUUAAGCGGAGGUGUUCCCAGGCUGCCCCCAACACUCCAGGCCCUGCCCCCUCCCACUCUUGAAGAGGAGGCCGC